AUGUCUCAUUUUCAUCCGGAUGAGGCCAGGUAUCCGCCUGGUCCAUCCCAUAGACCUAUGCCUCGCCGUGACGACCGGGACGGCCGCAUGUACGACGAUCGUUCGCCAUCCCGAUCGCGCUCGCCUGGCGCUGUUACUAACUAAAUCACAUGAGAAGAUCUCUCACGCUCGCCUCCCCGUGGGCCCGCGGCGGACAGAAGACCCGAUUACUCCAGAGACCGAGUCGACUCCAGACCCCGUUACCGCAGUCGGGAUCGCGAUGACUUUCGACGGCGCUCGUCGCGCUCCCCUCCUCCAAGACGAGGAAGACCAGCUUAUAGGGAUCGCGACCGUGAGGGCUAUCGCUCUCCGGGAUACCACAGUCGGAGCCGAAGCUACAGUCGCAGCCGCAGCCGCAGUCCUCGCCGCAACCGACAACCGCAUUACGGACAUGAAAGCAGAGAGGUGAUGAUGGAUGGCCUACCGGUGGACAUGGUGGAAGAAGACAUUACCAACGAGUUGAAAGAGUUUUAUCAUGUUGAGGGCCUAGAUGACGUUCGGGUCAUUCGUGAUCGACAGACGAAGCUGUCCCGACAACUUGGAUUCUUGAGGUUUCGGAAUCUAAGCUUAUCCCGAG